CACUUAUAUCAUUAGAUUAUUUUAGUUGAACGGUUUGUACACAUGUCUUCUACUCUUAUGUUCUCGUGUUCGAAUCUAUGUGUUGGCUUUAUCGAAAUUCAUCUAAGUUAUAGCUCUAAAGGUGUAUGAAAACAGUAAGUGAGAACAUUAAUUGUAUCUGCAACUCAAAGUGCAUGAAAUACUUGACGGUUUUCAUUUUUUUCAUCUAGAAUAUACGACACCACAGUUAGAGAAACGCUACGAAACGUUUUUAGCAAAACGAUCGUUUCACAGCGUUCGUAUUAGCAGAUGUGAAACGCGUUAAACCGGUCAGCAUUAACGCGUUUCGCAACUAUGGAAAAACGCGUUUUGAGAACACGUUUUUUUCGCAGAAAUUUACGCCAUGGGAAACAUUAGUUAUGGGUUAACAAGUACUCGUAUACCAAUGCAUGUAACUCUCGAACUAGAUAACUCAAAACUGUUUGUCCUUCAACGACAAUCUUAAUUAAAUUGAUUUGAUACUUGCAAAUGAAGAAUUUAAACAAACAUUUGUCACUUCUAAACAACAAUUACAAGUUAUGCAUGAAAUUGUUAAAACAGGACAUAGGUAAAGAAAAGUUUUUUCAUUGGCAUUUAAACAUUUAUUAAUUAUAGAUAUCCUGAAAUUGUUUUUCUUUGUACUGGUUCUGUUUGUCCAAGCAAACGUCGAAAUGCUAGUGACAUAUUAAUUCAUAUAAAGUGAUUGAAUGAAUGAAAUGCAAUUAUUAUUUUUUUCAUGAAGUUCUAUUUAAGUGGUCGAAUCUACAGAUGAUAUACAAUUGGUCUAAUUCGUCAUAUUUAUAGUGAUCAAUCUGAUAAAAUUCUCUCUCGUAUUCCUUUUGUUUAUAUAUCUCAACAGUGUCGAUAUGUCUAUGAAAAUUUUGGUCGUAAAUAUGAAAAAUUAACCUUAAUUCAUCCAAAUAAAUAUGUUGAUGUUGGUCGAAAACAGUGGAAUUAUUUUACUGAUGAAUAUGAAUUUGAUAAUGAUGUUCAUGUAGUUUUUAAUCGAAUAUUAACAAAUAUUGGCAGAAAAAUACUUCAGACAUUUCUUGUUGAACAUAUUUAUGAUGCAAAUGCAUUAGUUCUUCGACAUAUUGAUUGA